AUGGACAAAGAUUGCGACAUGUUAUAUAAGAACAUCUCUGACCUUUACAAAUCUGAAGAAUUUAAGACCUACGACAACUUUGUUUCAUUAGUUGCAAAAUGUGUAUGGGAAAUAAGAGAUAAAGAUAGUAGGGGUAAGGUAUGGAAUGAACAGAUAAGACCCGCUAUGUUUGAGAUGAAGAGAGCAAUUGACGCCUUGGUUGUUUUAGCAGGUAAGGUUUCAGAAUAUAACGCAAAAAUGAAUCCGCAAUGUUCUAAAUGUAAAGCAGCAAUGAGGAAAUAUAACUACUCCGUCAAAGAGAUAGAACGUAUGCGAAACGACUAUGCAGACUUAAAGAAAGAAGCAGAAAAACCAGCAGAAAAUAAAAUGGAUAUGUUAGCAUUUCUGAACAAAAACUAUCCAACAGCAGAAGAUUUCCUAUUAUCUGACGUCAAGAAGAAGUAUAAAGAAACUUUCGGUAUCGUUAAAACAUUCGAUGUACUGACAGAAGAAAUAGAAGCUACAAAACUGUUUAGGAUUUCAAAUAUACAUCGUACAAUUCAUGUAAAACGCUUAUAA